CCAAAUUUCUUCUGCUAGUCUGCUAGAACGACUUACGUUAUGUCGGGUUGUGUUGGGCUUGGCUCUUGCAAUGUGCAUUGGCUGCAAUUAAUGGUUUACUUCGUUUAAACUUUUGAUUGACAUUCCCCAAAAUGAACUCAAAUUUGUUACCACUACAUCAGAAAAUCAAUCAACGUGUUGGACACAUUGCCGUGUCAUAUAAGGGAAAGCUGUUAGUGUGGGGUGGUUAUAUGGAAUUCUCCGACCCCUCAGAAUCAGAGACCCACCACCAUGCUACUGAUGAGUUGUUUGUGUAUGAGACACACUCUGAGAUAUGGGAGAGAAAAUUGCUGAAAGGUGAUAUUCCACCGAGAAGUUCAGGUGGAUGUGGAGUUGUUCUUGGCGAUACACUUUAUAUAUUUGGUGGUGUAGUACGCGCAGAAUUUGAAUUUGACGGCAACACAAAUGACUUAUAUGCUCUUAAUUUGAUAACAAUGACUUGGUCUCUCCUAAAACCUAAAGGCACACCUCCAAUUCCUUGUGAAAAAUUAGUUGGCUGGGAGCAUGGUGGAAAGCUUUACUUUUUUGGUGGUUUUGGACCAAUUCCAGACCGACAUGUAUUUUUCCAAUAUGUGAUCGAUGAUGAAACAGGAAGUGCCUGGAAUAAUCAAUUUUUUGGGUACAAUCCCCAAACUAACAACUGGGAAUGGCCCUAUGUCAAUGGGGAACCUCCCUCACCAAGAGCUGCUCAUGCAGGAGAUAAGUGUGGUCAUCGAAUAUUUAUCAGUGGAGGUCGUUUAAAAACAGUCAGAAAGAACGACCUCUAUGUUUUGGACAUGGACACAAUGGUGUGGAGUGGAAAUAUAAAUGAGAGUGCUGAAUAUGUACCACCUGGUCGUUCUUGGCAUAGCUUUACAUUUAUUUCAUCUCAUCGGGCAGUGUUGUAUGGUGGUUUUAGUACCUAUAACAAUGUACUAAAUGAUUGUUGGUUUGUGGAUAUAUCAUCUCAUGAAGGAAACGUAACAGAAGGAUCUACAAGUAAUGCAAGCAGAUGGAAAGUGCAGUACAUUUUACCUCCUCAUGCACAGAGAUUUUGUCUAAGAAGGUUUUGGCACAAAACUGUGUUUAUUGAGAAGACAGGAGAUCUCAUUUGUUUUGGUGGAUUUAAUCGCUUCAAUAAUCCACCGCUUAUAGUUGUUCAUGGAGAUGAUGAAGAAAGUAUUCAGGAUCAGGAUUUAAAGCCAGAUCAUACCAAUGUUAUGCUCACCAUUCACUUUAGACCUUUGACCCUCUUAAGGCUUAGUCUGAAUGCUGCUUUGAAGUACCACAAAAAAAAUCGAAGUCUUUGGGAAACUCUCCCACAUUCAUUGCAGGCUCUUUUAACUAGGCGGUUUUCCCAAAUUUACCCCUAGGUCUCCAAAUAAAAGAGAUUUUGACGCCUUCUCUUGUUUUCAAGAGUUCAUAAAUUAGAGGCUGAAGUUCCUAUGAAGUAAGAGCUCUGUUCUGGCUAUGGAUUUUUUCCCCUGAUUUUUUUUUAGUCUCUAUCAUAUUUGAAGUGUCUUUUCAUAUCAGUAAAUAAGAGCCUGUUUACAAUUGAAUGCAUCACAAAUAUAUGGAUGAGGUUGGAUGUAUAGGUUUUAGGUUUUUGUUUGAUCUCAAAGCAAAAUUAAUAUACUUUAUACUGCCAUAUUGCUGUUAGCAAGAUUUUUGAAUCUUAUACUUGUGAUCCACUUUUGUAUUCACAUACAGAAAUUAUUUCAUGUGAAAUCAACUGCGAAGAAACAGGUUCUGCCCUUUUAAAAAAUCAUACCAGUAACCUCAUAGUUGAAUUCUGUGUUCUAUAAAUUUGUUAAUUCUUCUUAGAUGGUUGGGUGUUACAGCAUGGGACCAACAGACUCUAAAAGUGUUUCGUACUUUAAUUUGUUUAUUUUUUCUAAAGGAUGCUAUCUUGCGUGAAGUGCCUGAAAUGUCAUAUGUCCCUCCGAGUUGAAUACUGAGAUAGUUGAUUGUUAUUUCUGAUUUUUCUUCAUUGGUGAUUUUAUCCAAUUAAUAGCCUUUGUUGCAAGGAGCUCUUGUUCUGUCUUUUUACAGCAGCAAUACUCUCAAUAAGUCUACUACUAAAGCUAAGUAUUUUUUAUUGAUAUUAGUGUAAAGUCUCUGCUGUGAUGUUUUAUUUAUCUGUUAAUAUUGAUUGCGAGCUAAACAAUAUUUGUUUUGAAGCUGGGUCAUUUUUGUGUAAUCAACCAAUGUGUUCAUAGAAAGUGUUGCCAUAUUAUAGCUGUUGUUAUUGUCCAUAUUAUCAUCCUAUGCUAAAUAAAUGGUAAGUUCUGUUUUCCCA